GUGGAUCUUUAGGUUACAGACUGUGAGAGGACCUCCAGGUCAUUUCAUUCCAUAUUUGUGAUUUUGAUGAGAUUCAGAAACAGUUAAACUGUCACCUAAGUCCAAGGAAGGAUACCAGACAAACCCAAGUGUGUGUCUGCAGGAAGAGACCAACAGAUCCAGAGAAAGAUGCCUCUUAAAGCCAUGAUGUUGCUUUUAGCAGUGGUGUGUGUGUGCUUUGUGGAGGAGUGUGUGUGUUUCCCUAAUGGCUCAGUUGCAUUCUCCUGUGGCACCAUGAUGCCUGUACACCCACCCUUCACCCCUUCCACCAGCAGCCCGCCAUUCACAGUGUCUACAUCUAGCACUGCGUACACGCCUGGAGGAGUCAUUACAGUGAUGGUGGAGGUGGUGAAGGACAGCUCCACAGAGUUCCAGGGUUUCCUGUUACAGGCCAGAAGCAGACAGGGACAAGCUCUGCCCUGGCCUGUGGGAAAGUUCACCAACAUCAACGCCACCCUGUUAACUGCAUUGCACUGUAAUAACAUGGAGAACUCGACUGUCAGUCAGGCGUCAGGAGCCAAGAAGAAGAAAGUACAGUUGACCUGGGAGGCACCUAGCAACAGUAACUAUGGAGAUGUCUACUUCAGUGCCACUGUGGUUCAGGACUACACGACCUUCUGGGUUCAGCUUAACAGCAGCACUCUUACACUGGACAAUAAUGGAAACUCUGCAGCUGGAGUCUUUUCUUCCUCAGCUCUGCUGUUCAUCAAUCUGCUGAGCCUGUCUGCCUACUGCUGACACACACACACACACACACACACACACACACACACACACACACACACACACACACACACAAAGGUUGUAAUUGUACAUCAUGAAAUGAGGAGAUUGGUUAGGCUGUUGUUGGUCAAACACUGUAAAGAAGAGACUGACACAGGGUGUUUCAAAGGGUGCUUCCUGUGCUGCACAAAAUAAUCCCCAUUGAUAUUUGAGCUCCACAAAACCAUUCACAAACACUCACAUCACUGCAACAGACCCCACAUGAAAACAUGUCUUCAGGGAUUCCCUAAAACUGCUCUUUAAAUUCUGUGAUAUCCUCUGUAUGUCCAUCGUUCAUCCGUAAUUUGGGGGUUCGGGGUUAGUAUGAUAACUAAUAUACUAAUGGAUGAAGGAGGUAGCGUGACUUUCUGUCACUGUGACUAUAGGUGGCUGGUUCAUACAUUCUUUAAUAAACCACCUCAUUAGCUGCAUUCCAGUUACAAUCGAUGAGCCUGUCUGAAGCCACAGCAGCACAGCACUUACUCUCAGAGAAACAUCCAGUCAGGAAUCAUGGAUUAAUUAUCAUUACUCACUAUUACUAUGAAAUAUUACCAAUGGCAGUAAGAAUAUGAUCAUUUCUUUUGCUGGUAAUAUCCUCAGUUUCUCUUAUGAGUGACCUCAGAAUAAAACACUUGGUCAAAUUAAUCUAACUUCCAUAAAACAAAUAGAUCCAUUGUUGACUUUAUAAAAUAAUAAAAUGUGUGUUAUAGUUCUGUGUGAAUGUGAUGUUAUUUGAAUUGCACAGCUGUGGGUGGUGUAGAUGAAAGACUUGGAACAACACUCACAAUUUUAGUAACAAAAGUGACACAUUUACAGUUUUACUAAUGUAAUGCUUUGUCUUCUUGUCCCAGCUGUGGACAUUUUGCAGCUGGAUCCACAGAUUGGUCCCAAAUGUGUUCUUUCACUAAAACUAAACACAGCUGACAUUUUCUUCUGGCCUCAGCCUGUGC